UAAACCAGCGCGGUGUUUAGACUUCACUGAUGUCGUGGCGCUCAGAGGCAAAAAGUUGGUUCUCUAAGAGGCCCUGGGACUGAAGCCGCGGUCCGGCGACCCUGGCCCUUUCCUACCCACUCCUCCUCGCCCGCCUUUCCCCCUCCCGGCAGGAUGAGGCGUGCAGGCCUGGGUGAAGGAGGACCUCCUGGCAACUAUGGGAACUAUGGCUAUGCUGGUAGUGGCUAUAAUGCCUGUGAAGAAGAAAACGACAGACUCACUGAAAGUCUGAGAAGCAAAGUGACUGCCAUCAAAUCUCUUUCCAUUGAAAUAGGCCAUGAAGUUAAAAAUCAAAACAAACUACUAGCUGAAAUGGAUUCACAGUUUGAUUCUACAACUGGAUUUCUAGGUAAAACCAUGGGAAGACUGAAGAUUUUGUCCAGAGGAAGCCAAACAAAAUUGCUAUGCUAUAUGAUGUUGUUUUCAUUGUUUGUCUUUUUUGUCAUUUACUGGAUUAUUAAACUGAGGUGAUUUGCAAGUUAGUGUGGUCUUGGAAUCUGUUGCAGUUAAUGUCUUGGGGUUCCACUUUGAUAGCCAGCAUCCCAACAUUCUUAAUGACCUUUUUCAUUGAAGAUUACUGGAGCUUUCCUCUUUCAGAAAUCAUACUAUACCAUAUAAUGUUUUUUGACUACUGUUCCCUAUUGACUCAUUUUGAUCCCUGUUUUCAGGGGUAUUGAAGUAGCCUGAAGUCAUUGUGACUGUACCAAUGUUUUCCAGUCAGAUUGAAUACCAAUAUCAUACUCUGUUGUUAUGUAAGUAAUUUUCUGAAGCAAGUGGGAGAGCAAUAGCAUGCUAGAGGACCUGACUUCAACUUUUGUGGUGGUUGUUGGAUAGUAGUGGAAUGUUCUCUUUCUUUUGCUUGAGGUCAUCAUUGGGAUGUUGGGCUUUCCCUUACUUGUUACCAUAUAGGUACGAAGUUCCUUUUCCCUAUGAUUUUUUUUAAUAAGUUUGUUCAUGUGAAUCCUUCGUAUAAAGACUUCCUUGAGUAAAGCUGUUGACAUAUUUCUAUGGGAGCCUACUAUAUAUACAUGUGUAUCAACUUAGGUAUUUUUUUAUUUUAAUGAUAAAUUCCAUUGACCUGCUUUAGAAUAGUUUUCUGGUGUCUAGCUGCUUAGGUGGAACAUUUGAUGAUUAUUUGUGUCAGAAUAAUGUGAAGCUCAGUGAUUGUUAAACCCUGUGUAGAAAUGAAAUGUUCAGGAAAAUCAAUCGCCUUUGUUUUCCCAUGUGCUCAAACAGGGACUGAAAAUAUGCAGGCAUCGAAUCCAGACUUCAGAGGAUUGUUGUUCUGCUCCAUUUUACUUGCUUACAGAAAUCAAAACGCAAGGUGGAUUUAAGUAAAAAAUAAAUAUUCAAAUAUUAUAAAC